AUGCAAUCUUUAGUCCUUCCUCCUUCUUCCUUCAUCGCUACAGAGUUUGGACACCCCAGGUUUAAUCCGGGCCCGGAGCGGCUUCCGUUGAACUUGCCUCGGUCGACAAAUGCUCGACGGUAUCCCCCUCGGGAUCUUCCACUCCCUCGCUCUAUGUCCGGUUCGGUCCCAGCAGACGACCCGCUGGAGACCUCUGGAAACACCAGACGCCCCGGACAUCCAGAGCUCCCUCAACCCGUCACCACCGUGACGGCGACGACCUCCAUCUCCGCUGGCCUGUCGGGACCGGUCCUUCCUCCAGGGUCUACUCAUGAGGCCGUGGCGCAACGCAUGAUCUCGGCGUCAGGGAACGACACACUGCGACAACCCUUCAGUGUGGGCGACACCUUUCCGUCAUCGCGACUUCCGCCAUCGCUGGUGGGCCCGGGCAUACCACAAGCUGCGGCGGCAGCUUAUGCACAGCCUUCUUUUGGAACCUCUCCUCCUGGAACAACGACUCGUGCAUUGCCGCAAAAGCCCACUCGACGCACCAAAGCUCAUGUGGCAUCCGCAUGUGUUAACUGUAAGAAGAAGCACCUGGGCUGCGAUCCAGCGCGGCCAUGCCGGAGAUGCGUUUUGUCGGGAAAAGAAGCAACAUGUGUCGAUGUCACGCACAAGAAACGGGGGCGGCCGCCCUUGAAAGCAGAGGAAGCAUCUCUGAGAACAUAUGCAGCACACAUAGACAAUAGAGCCACAGCAGGAGAGCAACACGGUCCCCAGUCGAGACGCAGCUUACAUAGAGCCACAUCCUCACGUGAAAUUCGCCCAAUGACGGAUCUACAGAUGCCUGGGGGGCAGGCUGGCGCGAUGGCCAUGAGGGCUUCGGCUGGUCAUCCCCAAAGAUGGGCUGCGUCUGUCUAUCCUCAAGCCAUUGAUCCUACAAUCACAAUGCAGAGGGGCCUUGGACAUCGACGAUUUUCUUCCUCUGGCUCCGCGCAGUCCCUUGCAGCGGCUUCUCCGCCCAGCUUUGUUCCGAUGCCUGUUGGGUAUAACCCGGCCCUAGGGGCGGGUCGUAUGCCCAUGGGCGUGGGAAGACCGAUGUCGUCGUACACGCAUCAGGGAAUGAACCCUGCUACCACGCCACCCCAGUAUCAGCAACCCUUCGUCCCAAUCUCACCAUAUCCAGAAAGUGCUCGAAUGCCCAAUCGGAUGUCGAUGGGGGAAUCUCCUAUGUCGAGAGACCCUCGCGAAGGCUAUUUGGAAUCUCCGGUGAGGCUUCCGCCUAUAUAUCCCCCCACGAUGGGGACGCCGGCAUCGGCGUCGCAAGGACAUCGCCUGAGCGAUCCAUACCCAGCAGCUUGGUCGCCGCGGACACGUGAAGAGUUUCUUCAGCAGGAGCACCGGCAGCAAAUGGCUUCACAUGGCUUAAUUGACCCACUAUCGCCCAAUAGCCAGAUGCGACACGCUGUGUCUGACUUUGGGUAUGGGGAACCAAUUCCUCGGCAAUUUGGACCUACUGGUUCUGCUGCAGAGAGGCAUUCACUGCACAUGUCGCUUGUACAAAGUCAAGACGAACCGCCGGCGAAUGAGGCCGAUGCAGAAGGCAACAGACCAGCUAAGCGACGCAAGAUGGCCUUGGACGACAUGGUGAACGACUGAAUAUGGUCCAUUUCACAUCCACUUCCCACCAAGGUCUCGGUCGAGGUCAGCACACUCCAUUCUUUUCUGACCGCUCAAGUGGUUAUAUCAUCUCUUGGAGCAUUCAAGGCUUGU